CUUGCGUUUGCCUUGGAAAUAGAUUUUAUUCGUAACAAACCAUGGGAAAGAUGGGGCCGUAGCAGGCGAUGCUGUGGUACCCCAGAAGGCCUUUUCAGAGCAUGUACAAUUUGAGAUGUCUCCCCCUGGCGUUCCCUUCAACAUUUCAUCAAGUAUCAAACACCAUUUCACGGCUUGGACAUACCUUUCAAUAAUCUAGGGGCUAAUCCUGGAUUUAUUUUGUCGGGUUCACAAAUCACCUGAGACCUACCGUCAUCAUUCAAGCCUUCUCGCUUCGAUGUUCGCUUCGUAUGCCUUGGGGCACGCUUCAACAUGCUGCGGCUCCCGACUGCUAAGCUCUAUGCAGCUUUUGUCUACGUCUGCAUAGCAUUCACUCUCAUCAUCACACUUAGGAGCCUCUGGUUUGGUCAAGUCCGCCAGAGCCCUUUACCGCAAGAUCUCCUUGUUCCAACUGAGCCGGUAGAAGGUAACUUGGCCUUUGAAAUACCACUACUACCGGCAGACUACAACCCUGUCCAUGAGCAGCCAUCGAUGUGCCAGAAGCGCCUCGGCCUUUUGUACCUAGAGGAAUUACAACAUUCUCGAGCUGCUUACUGCUCCGAUAAUUCGACAUCUCACCUCACAUGCUUCCAUAGCAGAACCGAUAAAAGCGGCCGGGUCGAUUCGUUCUGUAUCGGGCAGGGAGCGAAGCUCGAUGAUGCUCAAAAAAAGUUUGGACUGUCUUGCCACCCGGCGCAGGGUCGAAGCAUAGAAACGAACGAGGCUUCAGUUCGACUGGAAGACUUCUCGAGAUACUGGUACGAAACGGGACCGCGCACAGUCAUGGAUCACUUCGUGGACCUGGACAUCGAGGAGGGCGAAAUACCCUUGGGGGAUACACAGGAGCCAGAGAGCUUCGCCAUACUCCUAAAAAGAGAAGGCCCGCACAACCUUUGGCACUCCUUGAUGGAGAUAAUGGCACUCAGCACCACGCUCGAUGUUCUGCAGAUGUCACCAAACGAUGCGGAUCCUGGGAAACCAUUCUUGACACCCCAGGAUGCGGAACACACGCAGGUCGUCAUCUUGGAUGAUGCCGUCGACGGCCCCUAUUUUGACCUCUGGCGUCUCUUCGCCAAGAAGCCCACUCUGCGCCUCUCGGAGGUCCCACCGGGGUCCAGGAUGAGCAAGAUCAUCAUCCCACUGCCUGGAGGGGCCAACCCUGUCUGGCAGGGCGACUGGGAGCCCAACAUCUGCGAGCAUUCAGAUAUACUGCGCGUGUUCGCUCAUCGGGUGUUGACCCAUUUAGGCAUCAGGGAUAUAGAAGAAGCCGCAACAGACGAUUCUAAGAUCAUCGUCACGUUCAUCGACCGCCAAGGAACCCGAAAGCUCAUCGAUAUCGAGAGGCACAUGCUGGCCCUUGGCAGUCGCUUUCCUCACGCCGACAUUCGAAGAGUGGACCUGGCCGCCAUCCCCUUUGCACAACAAGUACAAUUAGUGCGGGACUCGGAUGUCCUGGCCGGCACCCAUGGGGCUGGACUUACGCAUGGGCUGUGGAUGAAGGAGGGUUCGGCCAUGGUGGAGAUACUCCCCGAGGAUUUCAUGCACAAGGGCUUCAGGAACCUCGCGGGUGCACUCGGACACAAUUACUUCAGUGCCCAUGGAACCCAGCCCGACCAAGGCUCGGGGUCUUGGCAAGAGGACGAUGUUGUUCUCGAAGAUGAGAAGUUAUUCGAGUUGAUGGAUGUGGCCAUUAAGAGUAUGUACAACAAAGGUCGUCAUAACUAUGAUGUCUUAUAGAGCACUAAGGUUAUGUUGACGGGAAAUGGAAGCAUGUCACUAUCGUGGCAAACAGCUUGGGAGGGGACACGUGAAGACUGGCAUCUCUACCCAUGGACCCCACGUCAGAAAUCUAUGGUCGUCAAUGGCUGCUCGGAUCCCACGGGAUGGCACCCCUCGCGGUCGCCUUUCAUGAAACCGGAUUACCCGUGUACGCGACCUUACACGACACAGCCAAAAUGGAACAGCUGGCUCACAGGGGCAUCGCCAUUCUCCACAAAGACGUUGUAUCGGGAGACUGAAUUCCAGCACGCGUGUCGCUGGUGUGGUUGACUCGCUUGAUACCCUGAUCAACAAAGCGGGCGCCAACUAUAUGAUGCCCGUGGCCGACGCCGACAUCAAGAACGGCAAAGAGAUAUUCGACCUGGAUUUCCGGGCACCGCUCGCCGUCGCCCAGGUUCAUGCUCCUUCUGCCCGUGUGCAGGUUUGUGGAUGGCGAUAUAGUCACGAAUCACACCUCGGGGACUGUCACUAUCCAAUUUACGUUUGAGAGCAUCUGCAGUAAUUACAUCGAAGGCCGCGCUGGCCACGUUGAGUGAUAUGAUGCGGGUGGAAUUACAGCUUGUCCGGGUGGUCCGCACUUUAUGUGACCAGCAACCUUAUCGUCACCAUUUGAGCCCGGAAAGGAGAUUGGGGUGGUCAGUCCCUCCUGCAAUGAAGAUUCCUAGGGAAGCGGUGCACUCCAUCUCAUCGGGCUGGUGAAAUUGUGACGGAUAUGCUAGGAAGGACAGUGCUCAGCCUGUCAGGUCAUGUAUAGGAGUGAGGAGGAUUGGGGACUGCGCCAUAUUAAGUAUUGUCCGAGGCUCAUUUGAGACGGGAUAGUCGAACAGAGGAGUGGCCUCGAUCUGGUUGAGAUGUUCUUGGACAAAAGGUCGUGGGCAAGUCAUCCCGGCGUGGAUCUCACUGGAGGUCACCAUCAAUUUAUUCAGUGGGCCCUCAUGGCAAUCUGUAGAAGACAAAACUACCAUCAGAAUAUAUAUCAAACAGCUUUUGUGAGAAA